CUAAACAUGCCUGUAUGCUCUGCAUUUGUUCUCUGCCUGCUCCUCUUGCUGCUCUGUGGGCUGCUGGGAGGUUGGGUGCUGUCCAUCUGCCCUGCUGCAUGUUCCUGCAGUGGAGGCCACCGUAUUGUGGACUGCUCUUCACAAGGCUUGACCAACCUACCGCCUGGUCUGCAGCAUAACAUCCGCUUUCUCAACCUUUCUUUUAACAACUUGCAGGGUCUGGACGGCCAGCUCAGCCACUAUGCCCAUCUGCGCACCCUGGAUCUGUCCUACAACGACCUGAAGAGUCUGCCCCCUGCCCUGCCAAAGUCUUUGUGGGACAUUCGAGCAGCAGGAAACCAUAUACGCUCUCUAGACAAAAAUGACACAGCCUUCCACUGGAACCUGAAAGUAUUGGAUCUGUCAGAUAAUGAGCUGGAGAGAGUGGUCUUCAUCAAUAACACAUUGUUGAGUCUCCAGGCUCUUAACCUUAGUCACAACAGGUUUUGGACAGUGCCCACAAAUAUGCCACACAACUUGGAGAGUAUUGACUUGUCACAUAACUAUCUGUUGCAGAUUCUGCCCGGAUCAUUGGAUCGACUGCCCAGACUGGCCCAGUUCUACCUGCAUGCUAACCGCUUCUCCUGGCUGUCUGAGGGGAUCUUUGAUAAACUCAUAGGACUGGAGAUGAUUACUCUUGGGGAUAACCCCUGGGCUUGUGAAGAAGAAGAAAACAUAACAAAGCUCCUUAAAUGGGCUGAGAAAACCCGUGCAACCGUCUUGGGGUGUCCCUGUUAUACAAGACCCAUCUGUGGGCAAUCCCACUUGACAACACCAGGAAGGAAUUGGCAGUCAGCUCUUUUUACAAAGCCACCACUCUGGGUCAACAGCAGAGGUGAAGGACAGGAUGCUCAAUUACCUGCAAGGACUACAGAGACUACACCUAACUACCAGGCAAAAUUUCCACUUUUUGAGACUGGAGUUUAUCAGGGCAAAAAAGGCAUGAAUGAAUCUGGGGACCACAUCUGGACAUCUUCGACAAGUCUGGAUAGUUCCUCUUCACACACAAGCACAAUAGCACACCCAAAGUCUUCAACCAAGAAGCCCAAAGUAACUAACUCACAUAAUGAAGGCUGCAAACUGCUCAUCGAGACUCAGCAAACAAUCACCCUGUCUAUUGUAGUUAUGACAACUGCAUACACCACCUUCUGAACCACACAAUAUGGAAUGUAACACUUAUCAGAAUAUUGUGGACAGUAAAUCUGUGACUGAUUUCCUCUACUUAGCAACUCCAUUUUCUUUUC